CCGGAGUUGUAAUCAGAGUCAAAGAGUUCGUCCCCCAGAAUACAACGAAAACAUUCCAACAAGCGUAAUCAUGAAGUGCAUCGCAGCUGUAGUCAUGAUGGCUCUGGCCGUUGUCGCCGAAGCUGGACUCGCCCCUCUGUUCUACGGAGCACCCCUAGCCCUAGCCGCCCCCCACACUACGGUCGUGCAGAGUAACUCGGACGCCAAGUUUAUCGCGACGGCCCCAGCCUACGCCUAUGCCGGCGCUCCGUUGGCCUAUGCUCCUGCUGCUCCGUACUACUACACCGCCCCGUUGGCCUACAGUGCUCCGGCGCUCGUCUACCAGAAGGAGGCUCGCUAUCUGGCCGCCAACCGAGGAGCGAUCCACGAGGCUCCGCUGCCAGGCCACGCUUUCUCCCAGCAGCAGCUGAACCUGGAAGCUGCGCCCGGUUCGGACUAAACUGCUGCUAGUUGGACCAACACUAAAUUCCUCAUCGCCCAAAAAUAAUCAUGAAAUCAAGUCAAAAACACGAUGAAGAAUGACUGGACAUGAAGAAGCGAUUCGUUGGAAAUACACUCAUUUGGCUACCAAUGUAAAAAUCUCGGCGGUUCUUACACAAUUGUAUGCAAAGAAAGAAAUGUUGCGUUGGUUCCGGUGUCACGAUGUGCCAUUGUCCGAUGCAUAGGCGGCGUGUGGAUCUGAUAAGA